AUGGCUAAAAAAAAGUACUUGAUUGGCGACUUGGAUGAUCAAAAGGACUCUCCAACACAGAAUGUAGCGGCGCCAGCGACCGCUUCAGACAAGAAGAGGACUGCAUCAGCAGCUGUUGACGGAGUCCAGCGCCCGUCGAAGAAGAAGCGUGAUGAGCAGAAGGCGGAGCAGAAGACCGAGGAGAAGAAGAUUCAUGUACCUGUCGAUGAAGCGUGCAAAGAUAGUGCUGGAUAUGACGUUGUCAUCGACGCGGAUGGAGUUAUCUGGGACGCCUCACUCAACUUGACUAGCUCGAGUAAUAACAACAACAAAUUCUAUCGCAUUCAACUACUCAAAUCCAAGACAAAACAGAAUUCAUACAGUACCUGGACACGUUGGGGUCGAGUCGGCGAACUCGGUGCAAGCGCCUUGUUGGGCCCGACCGAUUUCGAAAGUGCCAAAAAGACAUUCGAGAAGAAGUUCAGAGACAAAUCUGGUCUCGCCUGGAAGGAUCGAUUGAAUGAUCCCAAACCAGGCAAAUACUCGUUCGUGGAAAGGGAUUACGAAGAGGAUGAUCCAGGCGCAGAGGAGGCUAACGCAGCUAAGAAAAACAAGAAAAAGACAGACGAAAACGAACGCCCACCCCCUGAAAGCAAGCUCGCGAAGCCUAUCCAGGAAGUUGUCUCGCUUAUUUUCAAUCAGGAAUACGCGUUAAAUGCAUUGCAGGAGUUGAAUUUCGACGCGAACAAGUUGCCAUUGGGAAAACUUAGCAAGCGUACUCUGCAAACUGGGUUUCAGGCGUUGAAAGACCUAUCAGAGUUGCUAAAUGAUGCCUCUCUUGCGGCGAGCAAAUACCAGCAACCUCUUGGUACGGCACUCGAGACCCUCAGUAACCGUUAUUUCACCAUCAUUCCCCAUGCAUUCGGACGCAAUCGACCACCGGUGAUCAGUCAUAGCUCUAUGUUGAAAAAGGAAGUCGAGUUACUUGAUAACUUGACAGACAUGGAGAUUUCGAACCAGAUUUUCAGUGACUCUCUUACAGCUGACAGCGAGAUUCAUUUCUUGGACAAACAGUUUGAGGGUUUGAACCUGGACGAAAUGACGCCACUGGACCAUUCAUCAUCGGAGUUUGCAGAAAUUUCAAAGUAUCUGAUUGGAGCAACUGGGCCGACUCAUCACUGGAAUCUCAAGCCACAAGAUAUUUUCCGCAUCGAACGUAACGGCGAGCACGGCCGCUUUGAAGAAGCCGGAAUGACCAAACUGCCUAACGACAAUCGUCGACUUUUGUGGCAUGGUUCUCGCUCCACCAACUUCGGUGGUAUCCUCAGCCAGGGUCUGCGUAUUGCACCACCUGAAGCCCCUGUGAACGGGUACAUGUUCGGCAAAGGUGUUUACUUCGCCGACAUAUCCACAAAAUCAGCCGGUUACUGUAAUUCUCAUGCCAGUCGAGGUGUUGGCUUGAUGCUUCUUUGUGAGGUCCAGCUAGGCAACCCAAUGCAGGAACUCGUCCAUUCGAGCUAUACGGCUGGUGAGGACGCCAAAGCGAACGGGAAGCUGGCCACUCUGGGAAUGGGAAGCACGGUUCCUGAGGGAUGGAAGGAUGCUUCAUGCGUGCAUCCGAGUUUGCAGGGUGUCGUGAUGCCUGAUGUGUCAUCUGGACUGAAAACUUUGGAUAAUAUUCCUUGCAGCCUGGCUUACAAUGAGUACAUUGUCUAUGAUAUUGCUCAGAUUCGGCAGCGCUAUUUGUUGAAGGUGAGCAUGUAG